CGAGAUUACCCUCCAGCCAUGGUGAUAAUGGGCACGGAGCGGGUGCGGUACAUGACCAGACACAUCUAUAACGGGGAGGAGUACGUGCGCUUCGACAGCGACGUGGGCGAGUACCGGACGGUGACCGAGCUGGGCCGGCGGACCGCCGAGUACUGGAACAGCCAGAAGGACCUCCUGGAGCAGAAACAGGCCAAGGCGGACACGUACUGCAGGCACAACUACGGGGCUGUGGAGUGCUUCACGGUGCAGCGGCGAGUGGCGCCUACAGUGACUGUGUAUCCUGCAAAGACACAGCCCCUGCAGCACCACAACCUCCUGGUCUGCUCUGUGAAUGGUUUCUAUCCAGGCCACAUUGAAGUCAGGUGGUUCCGGAACGGCCAGGAAGAGGAGGCGGGGGUGGUCUCCACAGGCCUGAUCCGAAAUGGAGACUGGACCUUCCAGACCAUGGUGAUGCUUGAAACAGUCCCUCAGAGUGGAGAGGUCUACACCUGCCACGUGGAGCACCCCAGCCGGACCAGCCCUGUCACAGUGGAAUGGAGACUCCUCCGCUGAAGAACCUUCUGUCCCGGCUUCUUCAUGGCCUAAAAAGGUCUCCUGCUUAGUUCUUAUUCUUCCAAAACGAGAGUGUUUAUCAGGAUCUGGUUUCCUCAGCCCCCGCGUUUGACCUGGACAUUCCUCAUAUUGUUUGCAACACCGUAUCUUCAUUCUUUCCUGGUUCCCUCUGUUUUCAAUCUUUACUGCCUCCUGUGCACCUGAUCUCAUCUUCUGCCCAUAUUAUUAUAUAAUGUUUUUCUCAAAUAAAUAUGGAGUGACAAUCAUCGGCUUCAUACAGUUUCAAGGAAACAAGAAGAAAGAAAAGAGAAAGGGAGGAUUUCAUCGCAAAACUAUUAAUGGUUAUUAUUUAUAUUCCUGAAUUUUGGUCACUUGUGGAACUGGAGGUUUCCUUGUUUCUCUCCCUGUUUUUUCCUCGAGUUUUCUGCAUUUUGUCAUUAGGCGUGUUUUCCUGAGCUAGGAGAAAGCCCUUAAUUGACCCUAUCAUGAUGGUUUCCUGCAUCUUUGUAAUCUCAAAGAUAAGCACGCUUUAUAAAAAUCUGUUAUUAUUUAAAAAUUACAAAUUUUAUAAUCAUGCUCUUUUUCUCUUUUUCCAUGAUUUUUAAAGAAAGUAUCUAAUCCUGGGUUAGUUCACACCUUGAUCACCUCUUUAAUUAGACUAAUGGUGGGCUUCAACAUUUGUCUUUUUCUGUCACUCAGAUAAACAUCAGUGACAUGCUGACUCUUUGGCUGGGAUGCAUUCUUCCCCAUAAAUAGGUUUUGGAAGGCCAUCAGGACAGAGCCACAACUCAUGUCAAUAAGAUGCAUUUCUGAGGCCCUCCAGUUUCUGUUACAAACUUACUGUCUUUCAAGGGAAAAUCCUGUAUGGAUCUUAUCUCAGCAGAAAUCAGACAAUUCUGAGAAACAAAGGAAAAUUUAUGAAUACAGGGAUGUUCAUUCAAACAAUGAAAUAUCCUGCAGUUGGAAGACAAAUGAGAAUCCCUGUUAUGGAAUAAUCCCCAAAAUGCACUUUCAGUAGGUAUAGGAGAUUUGUAUAGUAUACAACAUUAAAAAAAAAUAAGAUAGAGGAGGAGAAUAGAAAUAUAUAACUAUACCCAUUCUAUCUAUCUAUCUAUCACUUACUUACAUUUGUAAAUAUAAACAAUGGCAGGAUUUUUUUAAAAAAAUGGUUGCCUUUAGGGCCAGAUGAGAGAAUAGGUUGAAGGGGACAAAUACGAAAGCCAGACUUUUUGGAAUAUAUUUAAUAGUUUUAACUUGAGGGACAUUCAAAUAUUUUAUGUAAUAAAAAAUUUAAAUCAAAAGUUUAACAAGGAGAUACAUAAAAACUAAAAACAAACUGGAAUGAUUAAAACAAACUUGACAAAAAGUAUAUGAUGGGAAACAAGCUAGAAAAGUAAAUCAAACUUUCUUUGACCCUUGCAUAAAAGAUUGUGGAACUAUAAUUGUAAGUAAGUAUAUAGUUCUAAAUUCCAAAGACUUUAAUAAUGUAAGCGAGUUGGAUAGGCUCAGAGAAAGAUAAUUAAACUGGUUAAGAAGAUGGUGGCUUCUGCUAUUGUAUGCCAUCUGAAGAGUCAGUUUCAAAUGUAAAUCAAAUCUAAACAGUAGUUAAUAGAUUCAGAAGUUUAUUUCAAAGUAAUAGUUGAAUUCUCCACAGUCAGACAUAACUAUUAUUUUAUUUUCAAGCAAAUUAAAAGCUUAUUUUUGCAUAUGUUAAUUAUACUGUGUUAUUUGUGUGAAACAGGUUAUCAUCCUGUAGGAGUUUGAUAAACCAGUAGUCAUGUCUGCAAAGUGCAUUCAGUUGGGAUAAGUUCCAUUUGAUCCCAGGGUUGCACCUUCACUGCACUGUCACUUUGUUCUCUGGGAUGAAAAAAUAAGUUGUCUCAUUUUAUUUGAGACCUGUGGUGGGAAAUGAUAAGGUAGAAGUAAAGUAUACGGUAUGCAUAUAUCUAUGAAGAUGCUUUCUGCUGCUAGUAGCAGAUAAUCCAAUCUAGUUGGCUUUACUUUUCUUUAAGUUAUUUAUCUCACAUAACAGAUAGACCCAAGGUAGGGAAUCUCCAGAGUUGGUCAAUUCAUCAGACCAGUUGCAUCACCAAUGAUCUUAAAGGCAAGAAAAGAGAACUGUUUCUUCUCGUGUGGUUUUAUAAGGAGCAACCAAACUUCUUCCAGAGUUUUCCCAAUAGACCCACUUCCCCACACAUUCGGAGGACCAUGGAUUACAACGGUAGGCUCAGACAAACCUUGAUUCAUCCUUUGUGACAUGGGCCCGCCUCCCGUGAUACACAAGGGAAGAAAAGGUUUAAAAUCAUCUUUUUUAGAGAGAAAGAAAUGAUCCAUGGGUAAGGAGGAUGAUUUUAGGGUAUGGAAGUAUUAGAUUGUGUUUUUAGUGAUUUCCUUAUGAAGGAUGAUAGAUAUUUAAUGGACAGCAUCAUUGCAAGGAUUUUUUUUUAGCAUUGAGACUUAAAUAUCAGCCACAAGCCACUUCCUUCCCCCCAAAAAGCAAGCAAGCGGGAGGAUUAUUUACUUGAUUUUAGAACAUAUACUGACUCUUAAUUUUGUGAGGAAAAGUAUAUUUUCCAGGGAUAUUUUUUUUAAAGACACAUAAUGAGGAAUGACUCACUUUUUAAAAUGCUAAAACCUAUUAUACCUCUAUUUCAUUAAGCACUUUUUGGCAUUCAUUCAUUAUUUGUUAUAUACACCAGUAAAACAAAGUCCAGAAUUAGAUCCCUGGACAUUUGAGGUUUAGAUUUGUAUAGAGAGUUUCAAGUUGUUUGUCAGGUAUAGCCCAUACUCAUUCCUUUAAACAAAAUGGAUACUUCACAAAUAUGCAUGUGCAGAUGUUCAUAGCAACAUUAGUUAUUAUAACACAAAACUGGAAACAAGCCUAGUAUCCAUCAGUCAGUGAAUGGAAAAACAAAAUGCACUGUAUCUAUACAAUGGAAAACUAUUUAGCAAUAAGAAAGAACAACUGAAACACAUUUAAAGGAAUUGAUGAUACAUGAUGCAAAAUGGAUGAACUUCAAAAAUAUACUAAGUGAAAUAAGCCAGACACAAAAGACUACUUGUCGUAUGAUUCCAUUUACAUGGAACAUCUAGAAAAGGCAAAUUUAUAGACUGAAAGAGAAUCAGUGGGUCUCUAGGGCUUGGGG